AAACAGACCCUUCUCGCCACAAGCCAUGUCCCCUCCCCCCCACUCCAUCCCCCUCUACCUCGUAAACGGUGUCGCCACCGUCUGGGACGCACAAACUGCCGCGACUCUCCAUUGCGUGCACAAUGUCUCUGGUUUAAGAGCCGGCACACUGCCAGGCGUAGCCCAGCAGAAUGGAUUUUUAGGUCUUCCCCUGACAUUGAUGCAGGAAGAGACUGCAUACCUUGUUACCCAAGGCAUCGCCCAUCUCGUUCCUCUUGAUCCCAGCCCAUCUCCACCCUCUGACGAAACCGUUAAAGCCCAUACGGCAGCCCGCGUCGCGCGUUUGAAAGCUUUAGAAGAAAAGACAAGGGAGGCGGAAGCAAAGAGAUUGGAAGAAUCGAAAAAAGCUUUCGAUAAAGGGGGAGAAAAAGCGAGGCUGAAGAGGGAGGCGAGGGCGAGAGCAAAAGCAGAAAAGGCUAAAGAAAGUGGGGAAGGACUGUUCGCAGAAGACGUCAAGGAGAAUGUCACUGCACCCAUAGUGGUUUCACCGGCAAAGACCAAGACCAAGCACGCCGGCGCGCCUGCUGCUGGCCACUUUCACAUUGUCCCCUCCCACCCAGUAUUAUCUCAACAUCCACCAGAAUCACAAUCGAUAACAUCCCUCCCCCACCCUCUCUUCCCCUUCCCAACAACCCCGCGCCAAUGUGCCCUUCUCGGCGUAUUUUCCAAGCUUCAGUCGCUCUCAUACCGGGUCGGACUUGGUCCGCGGUUUGGUGGAGAAUGGUUAAUUUAUCCAGGAGACUACUUGCGGUAUCAUGCGCAUUUUACCAGCCAGGUCAUCGUUCGAGACGAACCUAUCAGACCGACCGAGAUUGUGGCGUGGGGUAGGUUGGGUACAGGGACGAAAAAAGCUGGAUUAAUUUGUUGCUGGGAUGAUGGUAAGAGAGAAGACGGACAAGAUGACCAAGGGGGAAAAGAAGAGGAUGUGGAAUUCUACUCGCUUGAAUGGGCCAACUUUGGAUAGAUUCUUGUGUUGUAUAAUACAAAAUGUACAAGUAAUGUAUGAUAGAGCCAAAAGAUACA